AUAAAAACAUUAAUCAAGCGUACAACAAUAGAGGAUAUUCGUAAUCCAUCAAUAAUCCGUGCAAAAUUGAUUCAGCGAAUCUUAAUGGGGUUUUUUUUAGGGACUCUUUAUUUCACCACGACCGAUAAGACUUCAACAAAGACUGGAAAAUUGAAUAUCAAUGCAGCUUUGUUUUUUUUGGUAUGUGAAUAUACAUAUCCAUCAGUGUUUGGUAUCUUGGCUUAUUUGCCAUCUGAAUAUGCAUUAUUUAGACGCGAAUAUCACGAUGGCCUGUAUGGUGUUUCGGCUUAUUAUCUUGCCAAGGUAUUGGCAUUAUUACCUAUUUUCACUAUUGACGGUUUCCAUGUAAUUUUGGCUUUAACCAUUGGUGUUUUAAUUGAACAAAGUUCAACUGCAUUUGGAUUUAUGCUUAGUGCUAUAAGUCCAUCUUUUACCAUUGCCAUAUCCAUUGCUGGUCCAUUACUUACUAUUUUCUCACUAACUGGUGGCUUAUAUGCGAAUAUCGGUCAGUUACCUGGUUAUAUCAAUUGGUUGCAAUAUAUAAGUUGGUUUCGGUAA